CCUUUCAUGGCAGAUGCUCAAACCAGGAUUAACAGCAUGGCAUGAAACAUACAGAGUCUUUACACUGCUGCAUGCUUAUGUCUAUUAUACUGUAUGUGUAUUUUUCUUGAUAUUAGGCAGGUAAUCAAAUAUCAAUGAUAUUUAAGCAUGGAUUAUUCAGAUGUUGUUGUUGCAGAGCAGCCUCUUUUUAAUGAAUCACUAAAUGUGCCUGACAUAACUACAGUUACUAUUUCAUAUCUAUUAUGUAUUUUUGGUGGCGCUUUAUCAGUUCUCAUAAUGUGUGGAAAUCUUCUUGUAAUAACCUCUAUUGCUUACUUCAAACAGCUCCACACUCCUACAAACCUCCUGAUGCUCUCUCUGGCUGUGGCUGACCUGCUAGUUGGACUUUUUAUUUUGCCUUUCAGUAUCGUGCUCUUUGUCAACUCAUAUCAGCAUCUGAAAGGUUUACUUUGCAAAAUACGAGGCAGUUUAGAUGUGUUACUGUGUGACGCUUCCAUUUGGAACUUGUGCUUCAUUUCUGUUGACAGAUAUUAUGCAGUGUGUCAGCCUCUGAGAUACAGAACUAAAAUAACUGUCCGUGUCAUUUGGAUUAUGAUCAUGGUGUCCUGGACUAUUGCCAUUCUAAAUGGACUUAUUUUCACAUUAAAGGCCCCAGACAAAGGACAGAAAAGCAGCACGUGUGGUUCAAUUCAAGUUAAAACACAGAGUACAAUAGUUGUUGGAGUUGCUGUUGGGUUUGGCAUCCCAGCUGUCGUGAUGGUUGCAAUCUAUCUAAAGAUUUUGACAGUGGCACACAAACAGGCACGCAGCAUCCUGAGCAUGGCAAAAUCUGGUGAAACUGUCAGUAAAGUAGAGAGAAAGGCGACUAAAACUCUGGCUAUUGUGGUGGGGGUUUUUCUCACAAGUUGGACGCCUUACUUUCUGUGCAUCAGCUUUCAUCCUUUGAGCAAUUAUACAAUACCAUUUCAUGUACUUCAGUCCUUUAAGUGGCUUGGAUACACAAAUUCAUUGUUAAAUCCGUUUGUUUAUGCUUUCUUUUACAGCUGGUUUCGAUCAGCUAUUAAGAUGAUCAUUACAGGGAAAAUAUUUACAGAUGAUUGUUCUAAUUCUAAACUCUCUUGAUUCACUGAUGUGUCAUUAAUCGGGUUGCACUAGGAAUGUAUUCAUCUGACAUAUUUAUGCACACAUUUUGUCUAUGUUGUUAAUAACUGGCUGUUUUUGAGAAGUACAUGACAUGCAACUUGAUGCCCUCCCAAAAGAAAUGUGAUGUGUCAAUCUAUAAACCCUAAUAUGUAUCUGUA